AUGCUUGUUCAGUCUAUUCAAUCGUACACACAAACCACUGUCUAUUACAGCGCCGAGGAUCUUCCUCAAGCUGUCUUGGAUACCCUUCGCGCCAACGAGCUUUCCUCCAACGUGACUCUCCCCAUCAUCGAGAAGCAAUUGACGCGUCGACCUGACGCGUCGAAACGCGACCAGUGCUGGAUUGUCGUCGAGACUUCCAAGCAAGUCGAUCUCAUACUCGCUGUCACGAACGGAGAUAACGGCGCAUACCCCGUGUUCAUCUGCCCAUCCUCGUCUUGCCAAUGCAUUACCGAAUUCCUGCAACCCCGUCUGCAUUUGCUGGCACAUGCUCUGCGUGCUGCCAUGCCGGUCAGACGUGUCUAUUCUGUCUUUGCCCCUGACGUCAUUGCGCACGGGUUCAUUUCCUGCUGGACGAUGUUGACUGGGGUGCGAGCAGAGCCGGCACCAUAUUAUCACGCGAUGUUCAGUUAUUGCACGCGAAAAUCGAUCGCUUCACAGCGACAACUCACGAUGUUCCCUGGUCUAGUCAUCGAGCUUCGGCCAGCAGUCGACAGGGAUGUGAAUGCGGUUGCGUCCCUAUGCUUCCAGUUCGCUGCGGACUCUGCUCCAUUCUUCCUUACCGAGGCCAAAGCGCUAGUCGAGGCCCAAAAGCUGAUUUCGCAGCAACAAGUUUGGGUCCACACCAUUCGCCGAACGGAAGACCCAAUCUGCAACGAGGAGGUCGCGUCCAUCGCCGCGUUCACGCGAAACUCUGACCACGUGGCGACGAUAACCAAAGUCUUCACCAACCCCCAUUGGCGUCGCAGGGGGUGUGCAGAGCGUCUUGUCCGGCGGGUCACAAGGCAUCUUCUGUCGACAAAAACGGCAGUUGCUCUUUAUGUCGGCCACGACAACCCUGCUCGGUUUGUAUACCAUCGCUGUGGGUUCUUAGGCCUGGCCAACGACGCCUCGCUUCAUGCGGGCGUGGAAUCCUGGAUCGAAAUCGGAUUAGACCAGUCCAAAGUUCAGCUUGGGCAUUGGUAA